AUGCCGGGGACCGUUAAUGUAACAUCAGCAUAUGACAGCAUGACACGUGGCGUUGAAAGUUCUUUGGUUGCAGGGGGUGAUUUGUGGAGAAUUGAAGCAUCACAUGGCAGUUCUACAUCGGGAAAUGAGAAUUCAUCACUCUUCCUUCUCCAGCUUGGACCAUUACUGUUUGUUCGUGAUUCCACUCUUCUUUUGCCAGUUCAUCUAUCAAAGCAACACUUGCUUUGGUAUGGUUAUGAUAAGAAGAAUGGAAUGCAUUCUCUGUGUCCAGCUGUGUGGUCAAAGCAUAGGAGGUGGCUGUUGAUGUCAAUGAUCUGCCUCAAUCCUUUGGCCUGUGUAAGUUUGAACAGUUACCAAGCAAAAUGA